AUGGUGGGUGACGUUGCCCUGUUCAUUGGCGGCCAGGACGCUCUUGGCCUACAGGCAACACUGGACGCCUACAACAUGUCCUCUGGCCAGUGGUUCAUGGCUGGCCUGUGCCUGUUGCAGGCUUGGUCUGGGGUGGUGGCCAUGUCUGUGGGAAGCUUGGCGCUCUUUGCUGGAGGCUACCUCACUGAGAGGUAUGGCGUCUCCAUGGUGGUGGAUGUCUUUGAUGCAUCCGCUCCGGGCUCUUCUCGCCUUCCCCCACACCAUCAGCAUCACCUUCAAUCUCCAAGUCAUUGUUCAGCAACGCCAUCGUGUCACCCAGAACCUCCAAUACACCAUCAAGCACAGUGUCAACAUCGCCCACAACCUCCAAUACACCAUCGAACAGCCGUCACUGUCGCCCUCACCUUUGCAGAUGUGGUCAGCGUCGCCCAUAGUUUCCACUACGCCAUUGAUCACGCCGUCACUGUCGCCAGUCAUCUCUCUCUCGCCUCUGCAGCCCAGCCAUUAGCCAUCUGA